CAUGGUUUUGGUUUUGUUUACAUUUUAUUUUAUGUGUUAAAUUGUUUUUGAUACUCAAAACCAAACUCUAAACAAAUGGAAGUAAAACAAGAAGUUAGUGAUAAGACGUUUCAAGCAGAAAUAUAUUGCAAUGAUGUUGAUGAUGAUCCUUUGGAUAUUUGUAAAAUUAAAAUAAAGGAGGAACCUCUAAGAGAAAGUACACAUGAUACAUUUGAUUAUGUAGACUUAAAGGAUGACAUAAAGACUGAAUUAAAACAAGAGGAACAUAAACUUCCAUCAUCUCAAGAAAGACAUACAAACCCAAGUUGUGAUGAUCAACUUCCUUCAGACUCCUACGGAGGUAAAAUAGUGGGUGGAGUGGAAUCCGAUAUAGACUUCUAUCCCUACCAACUCUCGCUUCAAUACUUGGGCCUUCACUCAUGCGGAGCUUCUCUCAUAGCACCUACUUGGGUCCUGACAGCCGCCCAUUGUGUCUACAGGGUGUUUACCCCUUUUAUAUCAAUCAGAGCUGGAGCAACAGCAAGGCAAACUGGAGGAGAGGUCAUAAGAGUUAAGAAGAAAUUCAUGCAUAAGUUAUACGACGAUAAAACCAUAGAUUAUGACAUAGCCCUACUAGAGUUGCAAGAGCCAGCGGAUCCUGAUUACGCAGAAGCCGUUUCUCUUCCAGAAGAAGGUUCCGACGUAAAAGGUGGAGAUAUCGGCACUAUAGUUGGCUGGGGCUUUACUUCGGAGAAAGGAACAGCCAGCAGCUCACUGAGGGUAACUGAAAUUCCCAUUUUGCAUCAAAGUGAUUGUAAAAGAGUUAUGGGAAAGCUUAUCACCGAUAGAAUGUUUUGCGCCGGUUUAGUGAAAGGAGGCAAAGAUGCUUGCCAAGGUGAUUCAGGCGGACCCUUUGUAGUCGAUGGUGUGCAAGUGGGCAUUAUUUCGUGGGGGAGUGGAUGCGGAGAAGCGAGAAGACCUGGGGUUUAUACUAAUGUGGCUGCGUUACGAAGUUACAUCAAACAAGUGUCGGGUAUAUGAUAAAUGACUAAUAUACACUCACCGGAACAAAAUUCCGCCACUCAAAGUUUUUAAUUAAAUUUGACAAUUUAUAACUUUAUUAUUUGUACCCCGAUUUUCAAGAUUCUUACAUCAGUUUGUAGGUACAUGUUUUCAUGUCGUUUGCUGUUAUUUCGGUAACAAAAUUUUUUUGCUUAGAUGGUAUUCGCGGUGUGCAAGUACUUUCAAGGGAUACGGGAAACGAUCGUGCGCGAAUAGCGGAGAAAUAUUGCAACUUUCUUAAAUAAUUCAUAUUGUCAAAUGAAAUUGUCAAAUUGACGUACAUUUCAUAUCUACUGUCAUUGGAGAAGAACAAUUAUAUGUUGCUCCACAAUUUUGAUAUGAUAUGCAAUUGUUAUAUAAAGUUAAAUUUAAUUAAUUGUAUUUUGCUUGCAGUACUGCAUUUUAAUAACUAAUUUUAUUUACUACAUACAAUUGUUUACGUUUUAUCUAAUAGCAUAACCUGAAUCUUAUUUUUUCUUCUUAUUAUUUUUUUGGGCUAUGGCCUUGACAAUUAUCCAGUAACCAGGACUUAUAUAAUUGGCCAAUAUAAUGUGCGAUAUAAUAUAAGUGCGAAUAAAGUUGCAGAGCGUAGAAAUAGGUGUCGCUUUGCCGAACUUGCACGGUCCCAAUUAUACGGGGAUGAAUGGACGCGUUGUAUUUUCUCCUAACUUUAAAAAAUUCUGUGGAAAAAUUGGAUAGCUGAUUUUGUUACAUACUCCUUUUAUAUUAUCAUGGAGGCGUCCCUAAGGUUUUGUUUUUUGAAAUAUAAGAAUAUCUCUUUUUUUAAAGCUGUAAAUAAAACAAUGCUUUGAAGACUUACUGAAUUAAAAAUAUAAAACGCACUAGAAUUAACAACACGAAACAAAAUUAACAACAAAACAAAACAAUUGAAUAGCGAGUGUAUCCACCUCUCGCAGCAACGACUUCUCGCAAUCUCUUUGGCUCCGAAUAAAGAUGUGUUAUCCUUGCCUGGGGAAUAGUCUGAUAUUCCUCUACCAGGGACAUAAGUAUACCAAAUUUACACCAUAUGGAGGCUUAGGAGACGGCGAAUAGUUUUUUUUAAUUCAUCCCAUAAAUUCUCUAUAGGAUUGAGAUCUGGGCUGCAUACUGGCCAUUCUAAUCUUAUCAAUUCAACCUCUAUUUAGGCUAUUUAUGUUUACGAGUCAAUCAGUGUUUUUAUUUAGAAAAAAAUGUACAACUCUUACAAUAAAAGAGAUACUCGGAUAAUUCAAAACUCUUAGGAAUAUCUCCAGAAUAAUACGUCAGGAGUAUGUAACAAAAUGAGCCCUUAAAAUUUUCCUCAUAAUGUUUUAAAUUCAGGAGAAAAUGCAACGCUCCAUUCGCCCCCGUAUAAUGUCAUCUAAGCAAAAAUGUUGCCGAACAUUGUUACAAACUUUGUUACCGAAAUAUUAACAAACGACACCAAAACAUGUAUAGUCUAGGCGCCAGAGGUGCACCGUGUCCUUUUCAAUUCUGAUGGACAAACUCAACGGCUUCUUAUGUAUUUUUGGCUGCUGAUUACGAAUUUCGAGGGUGGAUUUUGAUCCAAGUGGUCAAAAAAUUGUUAUAAACAAUUUAAUUGUUUAUAAAUUGUUUAUAAGGCUCCGGCUCAUAAACUAAAAGAGAUAAAAAAGAAUGUUUGAAAUAAAAUUUGUUCGUUAAUAAAAAAUGAAGAAAAAACGUUUACUUAACUUAAAUUCAACAAUUAUAACUCAAGAUAUUGUAAAAUUAGUGCACAAUGCAAAUUGCAAAUUGCAAAAUAAGUAUUUUCCGAAGCUUUAUUGAUCGUAACUGGGCUUUUACGCAUGAAAAUGAGCCUUAGAAGAUUUCAUUUUAAAGUUUCGUUAAUAGGCUUCAAAAAAAAGUUUGUUACAUUACUUUAUCUUUAUUUGUUUUAAAGUUAUACCCGUUUGAAUUUAUAAAUUUAUAAUUUUCUUAAAAAAAUUGUACAUUAAUUUGUUUAUAAGGGUUUCAAGUAAAUUUGAGCUGUAAACAUUUAUACUUUAAUUAACAAUAAUGAUAGUAGAACUCAAUAGAAAUAACUUGAGCUUAAGAAAAUGUUCGUAAGUUUAUUUUUGGUCAAGCUAUCGAUAUUUUAAUGGUGCGCUAUAAGGCGCAACAUCGGCUCACAGUCAAGUAUUUUUCGGCGCUUUGUCGAUCGUAACUCGGCAUCUACGCAUGCAAAUGAGCCAAUAUGUGAUAUCCAUAUAAAAAUGGAUCGAGUUAUUUUGCAACAUCAUCAUUGCAUAUAAAUCGAGCAGUUAUGUUGUGGCGGCAUACACACAAUUGACGUGCAUUGAUGAUGCUGCAAAAGAACUAGAUCCACUUUAUAUGGAUACUAUACACUAUCCACUGGAUAUCUAUAUGAUAUAUGUAGAUUAUAUCUAUAUCGUAUAGAUAAUUAGACUCUGAAGCCCCAGAAAGUUUUAGUUUUACUGUCUACAAGAACAGACUUAGUACCACCAUGUAACUGUAAAAAUUGCUCUAAGAACUUAUGCAGAUGUAAAAAAGCUGAGAUUCCCUGUAUAUCUUGAUUCAGAUGCACGAAACAAAAUAUCUGUAAAAAUAGUAUUAAUAAAUAAUAUCAACUUACUUUUUAGUUCUAUUUCUGAAAUAUUAGUUUUUAAUGUUUUUUCUCAUUUAGUAGAUACAAAAAAUAGAAGACAAAGUAAAUAGAAUGAAGUACGAGGUACAGUAUGAUGAUUUAAUUAUAAGAAUUAUAUGAGAAAAUUUUAUUAGGAUCUUCAAAAAUGAAAUAUGAAUAUAAAGUAUAUAUAUACAGUACAAUUCCUCUUAACCGGUCACCUCGGGACUUCAUACCUGGCCGGUUGCCGUUUUGGCCGUUUAAUCCGAAGUGUACUUUACUUGCAUACAUAUGUACAUAUAAAAAAAUUAAGAAUUAUUUUUUACAUAUUUAUGUACAUAUUUCAUAUGUAUCUACAUACAUUAAUGUGCUACAUACAUACAUCAACAAAUAUGUACAAGUUUAAAAAGUAAUUUUUUUUAAAAAAGUCUGUAAUUUUCUUCUGCUUUUUAACCUUCAGUGAAUUUCUGUAUGCGACAUCCCUCCAUUUUCUAAUCACCAAAACGUCUAAUGCUGUUGACUCAUGUUGCUGCUCAAUGUAUUUUAAUGCAAUUUCCAUUGCAUUUUUGGCUUCUUCGUGAGAAACCGUUUCCUCUUCUUCAACGUCACUACUCUCAUCAUAUUCCUCUGGUUCUUUGGUUGCUACAUCUAUGAUUUCAUCAUGAUUCAAAAAUUCAUUUUCAAGCUGAUCAUCACAGUUUAUCAUCCAAUUUUCCACAUCUUCUGGCUGUAAUGCUUCGUUACCCGAUAACUUUUGAAGGUCUUGUAGAGUGGAUUUGUUUUCUUUUUCUUCAGUCCCUGCCAUAUUCGAGAUCACAACUAGAUUCUCAACAUCUGGCCAAAGUUUUCUCCAAGAUUUAACAAACUUUGAAGAGGACAUUUCUUGAAAUGCUGUAGCUAACAUAUAGAUAACGUCCUUGAUAUUGAUAUUUUUGAUGACUUCUAAAAGACCUUUGUCGUCAUUCUUCGAAUGUUGCAGAAUUUCAGAAACAAGUUUACGCCUGUAUCGUCUCUUUAAGCUUUCGAUCACUCCUUGGUACAUCGGUUGCACUAAGCUUGUCACAUUAGGAGGAAGAAAAACUAAUUUUAUGUCAUCUACAUCGCAGUCAUGAGGAUGGGUUGGAGCAUUGUCUACCACUAGAACUGCUUUGAUAGGCAAGUUUACACUUUUUAAAUGUUUUUUAACUUUUGGAACAAACUCUAAAUUAAACCACUCUUUAAACAAGUCUGAAUUCAUCCACGCUGAUUUUUGUGACUUAUAAUAGACCGGAAGGGAAGAUGGAUUCAAGUUUUUGAAUGCCCGUGGUUUAGCAGAAUUGCCAAUAACGAAAAGAGGAAUUUUGUGAGUCCCUGUUGCAUUCGAACAAACGGCCACUGUAAUACGUUCUUUGUUCUUUUUAAAGCCAGAAGCAGACUGUUCAUGACUGCCUAGAAAAGUUGUUUCUGGUAACAUUUUAAUGUUUAGCCCGGUCUCGUCCAUAUUAUAAACUUGUUCUGGAGAUAAUUUCUCAGUUUCAAUCAUUUCACCAAACUUAGUCUUGAAUUCUGUCGCACCAGAAGAAUCAGCAGACAGUUUUUCUCCACUUACGUGUGCGAAAUGAAUUCCGUGUCGCUUCUUCCAUCGAUUAAGCCAACCAUCACUUGCCACAAAUUCGCCUCCAUUAUUAAUCUUCUUAUGGAUAGCCAAAGCUUUUUCUUUCAAAAUUGGGCCGCCAAUCGGUGUACCUCUUCGACGUUCCUGAAGAAACCAGAUCCACAAAGCUUCAUCGACGACCUCGCAAAUCGUUUUUUUUUCUCGUACAACGGCUACCCAGAUUUUUAUCAGAUUCCAUUUUCGAGCAAAACUCCUCAAUGGACCGUCUAUCUCUUCGCCAGUCAUUUACAGUGCUUUUUCCAACAUUAAAUUCUGAACAUAUUUUCGCCACGGAUUCACCAUUAUCAAUCCGCUUUAACACUUUUAAACGUGUCUCCAUCGAAACCACAAUUCGUUUACGCUUUGCACUCAUUGGGAAAGUAUGUUAUGUACGUGCGUACCCACAGCACAAACAAACCAAACUGAUCAAAACGACAAGUACACAGUUUAUCGAACGUCGCGAAAACACGUUCACACACUAAAGUCGAUUGACUGCUCUUUCAUGUUUGCCGUCGGUUACCGUCCGGGGAAGCCGAAUCGCCUCGCCGCGCCGGUGAAUUUCUUGGCGUUCGGCUGUUGUAAACAGGCCGGUUAAUCCGUCGACCGGUUAAUGCGAAGCCAGUUAAGAGGAAUUAUACUGUACAUAGAAAUUAUAAUUUGCAUCGAGAAGUCAGCGCGUGAACCUUUAGGCGGUGAGCCAAUCUUGUGCUUCAGAGCGCACUAUUAAAAUAUAGAUAUCUUGGCCAAAAAUAAACGUACAAAUAUUUUCGUAAGCUCAAAAUUUUCCUUUUGAGUUCUUUAAUCAUUAUUGUUAAUUAAAGUAUAAAUGUUUAUAGCUUAAAUUUGCUUGAAACCAUUAUAAACAAAUUAAUGUACAAUUUUUUUAAGAAAAUUAUUAAUUGAUGGAUUCGACCGUUGCUUGAUGGCAGUUCAUUUUAUCUCACAAUAAAACACUGAAACACGUUUGUUUUCUAUACUUCCACAAAAUUUAUUACUACAAAAUUAGUGUAUCCACCACCACAGAAAGAACCCAGUACCUUCUGCUCUCUCACAUAUACUGGCAAAAUAACAACAAAAAUAGCAAGAUACAUAAAAAAGAAAGGAAUAACACCAGCUUUCAGAAGUAACAACAAUUUAAGCAAACAUAUUAAAAACAAUAAAAGCCGAAAGAGAAAGCAACUACAGAGUGGUGUGUACAAACUAACUUGUGGUGACUGUCCGAAAACUUACAUCGGUCAAACUGGCAGAACUUUUGACAAACGGAUAGCAGAAUACAAAAGGGCUUUCAACAAUAGAAAAACAGACACUUCUACAUACGCACUUCACCUUCUAGAUCAUAAUCAUUCUUUCAAUGAAGAGUUUCAAAUUCUACAUAUUCAAAAUAAAGGCUUUAAGCUAUCACUUUUAGAAUCAAUGGAAAUUAAUAAAUUGAAAAAUACAGAUAUACUUCUGAAUGACCAACUCGAGACAAACAGCUCCCCACUCCUCAACCUCUUCAGUUAAAGACUUAAAAAGGCAAACACAUUGUAAAAUAUAUCACUUGAGAAAGGCAUUUUGCCGAAACAGCUGUAGUAAUAACAUAGUUGUAAUAAAUUUUGUGGAAGUAUAGAAAACAAACGUGUUUCAGUGUUUUAUUGUGAGAAGAAAAUUAUUACUUCAAAUGGGUAUAACUUUAAAACAAAUGAAGAUCAAGUAAUUUAACAAACCCAGUUUGGAAGCCUAUUAAUGAAGCUUUAAAAUAUGACCCUCUAAGGCUCAUUUGCAUGCGUAAAAGCCGAGUUACGAUCGAUAAAGCUUCGAAAAAUACUUAUUUUGCAAUUUGCAUUGUGCACUAAUUUUACAAUAUCUUGAGUUCUAAUUCCUGGAUUUAAGUUUAGUAAACGAUUUUUUCCUCGCUUUUUAUUAACGAACAAAUUUUAUUUGAAACAUUAUUUUUUAUUUCUUUUAGUUUAUGAGCAAGAGCCUUAUAAACAAUUUAUAAAAAAUUAAAUUGUUUAUAACAAUUUUUGACCACUCAGAUCGACAUCCACCCUCGAAAUUCGUAGUCAGCAGCCAAAAAUCCAUAAGAAACCGUUGAGUUUGUCUAUCAAAAAUGAAAAGGACACGGUGACCUCUCUUUGGCGCCUAGACUAGUAUAUACCUAUAAACUGAUGCAAGAAUCUUAAAAAUCGGAGUACAAAUAAUAAAGUUAUAAAUUCUCAAACUUAAUAAAAAAUUUUGGGUGGCGGAAUUUUGUGCCGGUGAGUGUACUUAAAAUAUCAAAAAAAAAAAAAAGAUUGUAUCAUUUGAGAUCAUGAGAACCAGAGUGGCGUAACUGAUUUUAACAUUACUUUACAUAAUCAAAGAAAAUGAUCAGAAGCUAUCAAUAUCCGAUUGUUUUAGUAAUUGUAUGUUGACCAAUAAAUAUUCUUGAAGGCUCCAUUCUUGGCUAUCGUGGCCUCAUUUUUAUAUCAAGGUAUAUUUAUUAUUUAAUAAAUAUUGUUUUAUUUUUUU